AUGGCCGAGCACAUCUAUGCGCGGGACCUGCUCAGCCCCGAGGAUUAUUAUGCUAGCUUUACAACGGAUCGGGGCUCGCUCAAGGAUCGGUUUCACGAUAUAGACAACAAGGCCAAUUUCGCGCAAUCUAUGAAGCUGUUGGAGAGUCCGACGACGCAUAAUUUCGUGCUGGAUUUCGGGAAUGAGGAUGCGUUUUGCGCGACGAAUGUGGAGACGGAUGAGAUAAAGCUCUUGCUGAGGAGACCGCGAGCCAAAUUCUUUGGCACGAGAUGGAUUAAUAUCUGGGCACCGGAAGAACAGAAAGAGACAGUCAAGGCAAUCACAACGCAAUACGGAGUCUCCGAGCGACUACAGGGGAUGAUGUGCACGGAGCCAGUACUUCCUCGCCCUGAAGCAGCCGCUAUCACCAAAACGCGACACUCUCAUUCGCGCGACUUUGACCCGUCCUCAUCACAUGAAAUUGACGACAUUGAAAACGCCUAUAUUACCAAAGAUAGUUCAGAGAAGGAGUCAAACGACACUCCGUCUUUUGAACACCUUACGUUUGCGCAGGUCACCGAUCAGAUCUGGCAUUUUUCAUCUACAGACUAUGGUCCUCGAUAUACGUGCAUUGGAUAUAAUACCUUGUUUGCAGCUUCUGGGCUGCCCAAAGGCGAGCUGAACAAUGGCAAAGACCUCCCAGAAGGCAGGCGACUGUGGUCUUGGUUGAUUCUGUGUGAUGAUGGCACGGUUAUUUCAAUGCAGGAAAAUCCGUUCCCUCGACAGCAUGGCAUAUUGCAGCCAGACCAGUUUAAAAUCCUCGAUAUUGUACGCAGGAACACUCGGUUCAUCUUCGCAGGGGUAUCCCGUCAGCACCUGAGCAUGACGGAGAGCGACUCGUUAGUGACGAUCCGAGUACGACAUUUCAACGACGUCGGACCAGACCAAGCAAAUAUCAAGCAAGAGGACGGUCCAAGUCUUCUCUUCUACUAUAUCUUUGACGACUGGGUGUCGAGUUUCGGGCUGAUAGCCAGACGAGAACAUAAGUAUGGUGUUGUCCUGGAAGAGCUGCGUGGGUCUAUGCUUGAUCGUCCAGUGGUAGACCUGAUAAAUGAGCUACACUGGCUCGGUCGACGACUCGGCGUACUCAAGCGCUUAUACCAGAGCUACGAGCUCAUCAUGCGACGUGUGCUGCAGCGGCAGCGACUGUUGCGUGACGAAACCCGUUUGUCCCAUCCGCCCCCGGUAUCCUUUGGAACGACAUUUGGAGACGAAUUUUCCGAUAUGCGACAGGGGAGUCUGGCGACUAAUGGCAGUUUCCCUUCCACGAGCGACAAGCCCGUUGGGGUGCUGUUGAGUUCGGCGGCGGUGGCUCGAUUCGAGCGGUUGGCGGACCGCAUCAAUCUAUACUGUUUGAGCGAGAUCGAAACGUGUCUGACUGAAAAAGAAUCUUUGACGUUCCUGAACUUCAACCUAAUCGCACUCAAAGACUCUCAGGCGGUUGAGAAGUUGACACGCAUCACCAUAUUACUCGCCAAGGCCACCAUCUUGUUCUUGCCCGUCAGUCUCAUGACUGCGUAUUUCUCGACGGAAUUGCAGGGUGUUAAGGGCGGCUACACCAAGGUGCAAUAUUGGGCGGCCUUUGGGGUGAUUCUCUUUGUGUCGAUUAUCGUAUUGACAAUUUUCGGCGUGGCCAGCGAUACGGUGGAAGGGAAGACGAUCUACCGGUCUCUAGUCAAGACGUUCUUCCGCAAUUCACGGCAGCGGAUGGGGAUGUCGCGACGGAGAGCGACGUGA